AAGCCGAUCCGCCACCGCGAGGUCCUUUACUUAUAGUAGUGGAUACGCGAAGUAUUGAGUGAAGUGAUCAACUUUUUUAGUUUUCAGUGCUCACUACGGAUAACUUGUGCCACUUGUUUUAAGAUGCCGCUGCUCGUGUAGAGGUUGACGGCGGAUGGCGGCGACCGACGGUCAGAUCCUGGUGGCGGCGGCUCGCUGGGCCGAGGAAGGACACUACUUGAGAGAGUUCGUGGCCAAACAUCGCCUACCAGCGGUAGUCAAGAUCAUCAAGGGUCAAUAUGGUGGGCUUGGAGUCCCUACCCUGCCCAACCCCGGGCUACAGAGCUCCGCACUCCUUGUCAGCGCUGGCAGAAGGCACAAGAUCGUUGCCCAGGCCAUCAAGAUGAAAGAAGGCAGGAGAGUCGUAGGAGUUGGUCCUAGGAUAGCCAUCCCAGACACGUACCAAGGCUAUUUCGAACUGCUGAGUGAGGAGGGCCGAGCAGUGAGGUGUAUAGAGAGCGUGCUGGAGCUGGCGAGGCGGAGGGUGGAGGCCGGGUGUUUGGUGAGGGAACCCAUCCGCGCGAUCUCUGCUAGAGUAGAGAGUGACGGGUCUGUGACGGCUGAUGGUGCGAGAACUGUUCCGAUCGGGGAAACACUAUUUCCCGCGGGCGAAGUGCAAUUGGGAAACUCGAAGGGGAGAUAUCUGAGAUGUGUUGACUCCAGGGGGGAUACGGUGCUGCUCGGGCUGGAACAGAGGGGACGUUUCAGUGCGCUCGCCAAAGAAGACAACAUCAGUGGUGUGCACACGGCGAAAAACCUGUUAACAAAACGGAUGCCGCUUACCGUGCGGCUGGUGCACGGAACGCCUCCUAGAGGACUGAAAAGUUCGAGUCAAUUCGUUCCUGAACUCAGGUUACUCUCUACGUUCGAAGAAGAACACGUGUUCGCUCUCCCAUUACAAAAAGACACCGGUGCAGUAGUCGCUCUUCCUUUAGCCGCUCCUAUCAAACUGCAAAAGACACGCAACGAAGAUCAGUUGAAGUCUUUAAGAGAGUUUCAGAGGUUAGUGGAUAAGUGUGGGAAGUUGGUCGGCGAAGUAGCGGAUAGAGCGCAUGUUUUGGAUGGAAAACUGGGAGAGUCCAAGGCGCUGAGGCUUAGCGGUAGCAGUCACGCCAUAGCCGCGACCAAAUCCGGCGGAUACUUCCUCAGGAGAAGCGCGUCCACAGACUCGGCAAACACUCAUAGUCAUUACUACAGCAACGAGAACCGAGCUCCAGCCGCGGCCGACGACUACGACGAGAUCGACCAGAUAUACGACUACGUUCGGGGGUUCGCGCCGUUACCGAAGAGUAUACGAUCACCUUUCCCCGACACGCCGUCGACGCCUCACGAAGACAGGCGUAGCUGUUCACCCACCACACCCACGACCAACUACAUCGUCCACCCGCUCACCGAGGAGUUGGCGAAACCGGAGCCACCACCAAUCGAGACCAUACCUACCAAGAAAGGGAGUUCGGGCAAGGCGGAGAAGCGGAGUAGAAAACCUAAAGAACCUAUCCAAGAUAAACCUCCGGUAACGUCGAUGUACAUCAAAAGCGGGAAUACGCAACGAGGCAGAAUUUUCCGACAGAAAAGUUCGUCGCCGUUGAAGGAGCAUCCUCCGGUAGUGAUGAAGGCGGGAUCACCACUCUUCAACAUCCGGUACAAGUCGCUGAGCAACCUGCAACAAGCGAUGGAGAUGGACGGGACCCUGGACUCGAGUCACUCUGGGGGACGAACGUCCGGGGACUCCGGAGCGGGCGUGAAGCUGCCGGAGAAGAGGUCUAGGAGGCUUAGCAGACCUCGCUCCCUCACGGACCUCGUGUGGGAGUUGAAGGGAGAGCCGGAGCGCAGGAAACCACCCAAGCCAGAGACCAGGAAGAACUCCGCGUCUCACAAAGUGGUGUCAGGCGGCCACAAGAGGAUCGGAACGUUGUACCUGUAGCGAACUCAGACCCUCUUUGGUAGGCGCACGGACAGCUUGCUCCCGCCCCUGGAUACAUCCUGGAUCCUCGAAUAACUCUAGGGUCAGGCGCGACCCCCGUGCUGUACAAGAUCUCGGUGUCCCUUGGAAGUAAUCUUUAGUCAAGUUAUUUAAUAUUUAUUCCUCACUGUUCGUCGUAUACGCUACAUUUAUCACACAUUGUUCCAUGUACAAUGUACAUUUGUAAGUCCGUUGUCUGAUCAGUAUAGAAGUUAAAUUAUCUUCAGAAUAACAUAAAUAUAAUUUUUGAACGGUCGUUUGGACUUUUGCAUAUUUUCUUUUGGUCCAACUUCUCUGGGAAUCAAGUAAAGGAUCUAACUUGGUUUGGAUAUAUUCUUUCUCUCCUUCUUCUUGAAAUAUCCUAUGUUGAUGGAAUUUUGUGUACUAUGAAAUCCCAUCUGUAUGGACCAGUUGAAUCCAGUUUAUUCAAAAAGAGUCUAGUUGUGAUCAUCUCACUUAAUGCGCUACUGUCAACAUUAUUUCGUCUUUCUUAUUCUACAUUAGUUUGAUUGUAGAUUUUACAUUAAAUUUAAGAAGUAAGCUUCAGUUACGAUUUGAAAAACAAACUACAUAAAUCUGGAUCAUUAUCUGGUGAGCGAUUCAACUGAGAUCCUAUUUGUUUAAAAACUGAUUGCCUAUAAGUUUUGGAAGUAGAAUGUCUAUUUUAUUUAACCAAUCUUUAAACAAUGAAUUUAAUUUGACGUUAUCUUAAUUUCAAAUGUACAACAUACUUUGAUAUAUAUUCCUCAAAUACUUCAGACAGCCUGAUUUGUCACCAGCUGUUAUAUCUUCAUUUGACAAUAAUGAUCAGAAAACGGAUACGAAAAGCUUUUCCUUGGACUAUUAACCGUGUUAUAGAUAUAGAAAAUCCAAAGAGGUAGUAUAUUUUUGUAUGUCAGCUUUCAUUGUUAGAACCUUAAGUGCAAAAUAUAACUUUGCCAUCUGUGUUGCUUUAACUGUCUCACUUUCAUUUGUAAACUUUGAACGUUUUAGGGAUUGGGAAAAUGUGUAAAGUGGCCUUGAAUAUGUUGGAAAGAAAAUGACCAGAAAUGGAUUUUAAUUUAUAUGAAAAAGUUUAUAAAGAUUAUAUUCUAUUCACUACUACAAUAUUUUUCAACUUUUAUUAAGAUUGUGACGUAUUAGUGGCCUUAGAAAAAAUUGAAUUGUGAGAUAAUUGUGUAUAAAAUGAACGGAUGGUGGGAGUAAUUAUUUACAUUGAUAAUUAUUGCUAUUUUAGUGUUUAUGUAAAAUUUUUGAUUCGUAAUUAAUUCAUUUAAUUUAAUUAACAAAAGCAGGGUUGUAAAUUGUUUAUUGUAAAAAAAUGCUUUAAAACUCGUUUAUUGUUAUUUAAUUUUUAACAGUGUAAUAGUAAACAUGUUACAUUUUGCAAAACUCCUGCAACGGCUACAAUGGAAAGUAUUUUUUGCAUUUUUACACUUUAACUUCAUUUUACACUAUUCACGUUUACAUUUCACCAUUAAAUCUCAUUUUCACAAUCUUGCGUCCAAUAUUUUAAACAAUCUUCCUUCGAUUAAUUCUGUAACUUAUCUCUUGGUGGAAAUCGCCGUGAUCUUGUACGUUAUAGGCCCAUUACCAUUUUGUUGGUUAGUCUGUACAUUUUGAUUUGUAUUGUUUACAUUUUACGGUGAAGUAAAAGCAAUUGUGAUAUCGAUUUCUGUAUAUCUAACGCUAACGCUCAGAGAUUCAAUUGCGCAGACUGUAUGCCAUAUGAUUUAAACCCUUGUUGGCGAGAAUAUCGUUGUAUCUUCCCUAGAUUGUUUAGGAUUUAAAAAUGUAUGACUAAGUAAUCAGGAAGUUCAAAUUUUUACAAAAGGUAAAAUGUAAAUUAAUGUAAUUUUUUUGUUAUUUGAUUAGUUUGAUUAUUUUGAUUUUUCUCGCCAACAAUGUUAGUAACCUCAUCUGCGCAGGUUUUAUUUUGACUGAGAAUGCUUGUUGUUGCAUGUGAAGAUUCAUUUUAGACGCCUCAGAAUUGUAGGCCGUAUUUAGCUAUUAGCCAUAUUGUAUUGUUGCUACUCAAUGUGUGUUAGUUAUAUGGUUUGCAUAUUUUAAUUUUGUAUUCAUUUGUGUUUAUUUCUUAUUUCGUAAUAAAUCUAUAAAAUGUAAAAGAUUAAA